CCAAGUGGAAUUCUUCACUGUAGAGGAACCAAACGCGUCACAAACCCCUACGCUCUAAACCGCGUUUUCAGUCUUCUUGUCCGUGUGCAUCUCUCUUGUCUCCCGCGGCGGCUGCGUUUCAUUUUCUCCCCCAUUCCCGGAACUCUAUCAGUUUUCCUCGUCGAACCAGCAUCCCGAAACAUAGGAAAAGACCACUGUUGAUGUUUGCCUGCUGCUACCUUUAGAGCACUGGUACAGUGAUUACAUGGGUCGAGCCCGACCUCGGCAUCGAGAUGUAUCGAUUGCCUUUUACGUUAGGUCAUAAGAAGCGUAUGGACUCAAAGUCCAGCAGCCGAGGUAAAUCCACAACCACCAAGCAUUCGCCCAAGCUCGAACGCAGCGUCGCUCUCAGAAACGUCGACUACGAGCCGUCCAACUCAUCUUCAUUCGGCAGCCGAUCGCUGGACCUGGACAGCACAAGGAGCUUACGAAUUGACGGGUCAGAUGGAGGAAUUGAAGGUAUGUUCAGAGACUUGGGAUUUUCUGCUGACGACUUCGUAAUUCCAGCUGCCGAAUGGGAGGCGAUGAAAGCGCGAUCGUAUUCGGAUGCCCACCCCCCUCUUCGUGAUGCUACUAAUCUUAACUUUUGUGAACAUUCCGAGGUUUAUAUGGUAAAUCCAAGGCAAACUGAUUGUGGUAUUGGUGCAAUUGGCACUCCUCAGGAGUUUGCGGAUAGUGGAAUAGUGAAUAGAUUAGAAGAUCUUCUUAGGUGUGAUGAUGUCGUUUUGGACGGAGCUGAGUCUGCCAGAUUAUUUUCUUGUAAUGAUGGCCCUCGAGGGAUUAAAGGUCUCAAGCCUCCUCCUAUUAUGGCUACCACGCCAACAGUAUCUUUACCUGUCAUUGGUGAUUCGUGUUCAACAUGGGAUAUUGUGAAUUCAUUUGGGCCCAAUGAUGACAGUGAAUUGGAUUUUACACCUCAGGAAAGGUUAAGGCUGGAAGGCGAAGUUGGGUAUAUAAAGAGUUCUGUGGAGUGGGCUGGGGAAACUGGGGAUGUGGAAAACAAUAUAGACACAAGAAUAAUGGAUGGUGUGCUCUCAGCUGGUUGUUCAUUUACCACAAAUUCAAAUGACGAUGAUUCUUCAAGCACCACAACUGAGCCAAUGUCAGCCAUCUCCCCAAAUGGGAAAUUCAAUCGCAUUAUUACAGGCUGGGUGAAAGGUGAUCUCUUGGGAAGUGGAUCGUUUGGAACAGUCUAUGAAGGCAUGGCAGAUGGUGGCUUCUUUUUUGCGGUAAAAGAGGUUUCUUUGCUUGAUCAAUGCGAAGAAGGAAGGCAACGCAUUUGUAACCUCGAACGGGAGAUUGCUCUCCUAAGGCAGUUUGAACAUGAGAAUAUUGUUCAGUAUUAUGGAACAGAGAAGGAUGGUUCAAAACUAUAUAUUUUUCUUGAGUUAGUAUCUAAGGGAUCACUUCUGGAACUGUAUCAGAAAUAUCGUCUUCAAGAUUCCCAGGUCUCUGGUUAUACGAGGCAAAUUUUGCAUGGGCUUAAGUAUCUGCACGAUCAAAAUAUUAUCCACAGGGAUAUUAAAUGUGCAAACAUACUGGUGGAUACAAAUGGGUCAGUCAAACUUGCUGAUUUCGGCCUUGCAAAGUCCGUUAAACUGAACGACGUGAAGUCUUGCAAGGGCACUGCUUUCUGGAUGGCUCCUGAGGUGGUUAACAGGAAGGGUGGUGGUUAUGGGAUUUCAGCAGACAUGUGGAGUCUUGGAUGCACCGUCUUGGAAAUGCUUACACGCCAGUUUCCUUAUUCCAAUCUAGAGAAUCAUAUGCAGGCAAUUUUUAGGAUUGGGAAGGGUGAACCGCCUCAUGUUAGCAAGGCACUCUCAGAUGAUGCAAGAGACUUUAUAAACUGCUGUCUUCAAGUAGACCCAGCAGCUCGUCCAACUGCUUCUCAGUUACUGGAGCACCCAUUCGUGAAGUGGCCUCUCACUGCUUCCUCCUCAGGCUCAGCUUCUCCUCGCUGUUUAGACAGGCAGGAGGCUUAAAAAACUAUUGCUGCGAAUGAUAUCUUUGCCUAAACCAUUGAAGAUUGCCAUCGUUUUAUUCUUGAGAUCGCAAGCUGCUCCCCUACAAGCUGGAUGCACCAUUAGGACUCUAUGUUCCUUCAUCACCGCAAUUUGAUUUAUAGAAUGGAAUUGAGAUGGACUGAUUUUUGUGACCAAACUUUUAGUAUUCUUUGGUUAGGAAGAAAUGUUGCUAUGGCUAAGGCUAGGGUGAUUGCAGUUCUUAUCUCAUUUUUCCACUUUCAAUUAAUUUUUAACGCUCUAGCAAGUUAGCGUAGCACUCCGUAUUUGUUGUCGUCCACUGUUUUUUGUAGGGGUCGUUCAUCUGUAUGAAUUGUAUAUAUGUAACUAUGUAAGGUUUGUCUUUGAGAACUGUAGUUUUUCCUUGUAUGAUUAGGGUAUUUCAUUCGUUCCGUGUAGCUUUUAAAAUUUGUAUUCACAAAUUGUGAGUAUCGACUAAUUUGUUCUUCUGAGGGGUGAUCAAGUCGGGG